GUGCCGCUGUCUCAGCUGGCGUACGCCUCCCCGCGGGGGCUGCUGCACGAGGCGAUCCAGCGCGAAUGGGACGGCAUCGGUCGCGGGCUGGCGCACAAAGCCAGCGUCAUGCUGCAGGUGGUUCAGCAGGGCGCAGUGGCCAGCAACGCGACCGACGAGGCCCGGGCAUACGCCGUUCACCUCAGUUCUUCCGACUUCUACUCCGAGUACAUGUGGAUGACCGCAGUGUCUUUUGCCAUUUGGCUUCCGCUCAUGAUACUGUUCGUGAACUUCUGCUACCCGCCCUACAAGCACAUCGACGAGGACGACAGGACGAAGCUGGAGAAGAACGUGUGGCAG